CCUACGAUUGCCCCAGACCUCCGCCAGUCCGCCUCUUUUUUGGGCAAUAUAUAACUAUUAACCUCUCAAUUAUGAACGAACGUCUAGGUGAAGUCGAGAAUGGCUUUUAGGGUUUGGUCGGUGGCCAGAAGGGUUUCAAGGCCUCAGCCAUCCGUAAUGCACUACGUAUCUCAACACAUGCUCUUCGAUUGUACAUCCUCUUCUCCCCAGUUUAAUAGAUCAACUCUGCCACCAAAUUCAAGAGUCAAAUUUAUACACGAGACACCAAUCGAGAGAUUUGAGGUUGUGAAAAGUAGAGUGGAGCAACACAUUAAGGAGGUGAAGUGUGAACUGCAAGACUUAGAGACUAUGUCAACUGAAUUCCAUGCCACAUCGACCAAAUUGAAAGAGAGUGUUCGCAGCGACAUGUCAAAAGUCGACGCCUUAGCUGCCAAGAUUAACUUGAGCCCUACCUCUAAGGUUGCGGUCGGUCUUGCCUUUCUCUGUCUUGGAUUCUAUCUCUAAUUGCUACCCAUCUUGGAAAGGCGAGAAGUUUAGUAGUUUGCGCGAGGCUGGAAAAUGAAGCAAGUUGAUGUUUGCACUUUGUAUUUUUUUACCUGGUAUUUAGUACUCUACCCAAGGAUGUUUGCAUUCAACUGUUUGUGUAUUGCUUCGUGUGUUUCAUGCUUUAGGCUGACACUCUACAGAUUGUCAUUUAAUUAACCUUAAAUGUAUUUCUUUUCUUGUGUUUUA